AUGGCGACAAUCGUCCUGGGUGCGCAGUGGGGGGACGAGGGCAAAGGCAAGCUGGUCGAUAUCCUCUGCCCGACCGUAGAGAUCUGUGCUCGUGCGCAAGGAGGGAAUAACGCCGGACACACAAUCGUCGCAAACGGAAUCACCUACGAUUUCCACCUUCUUCCGUCCGGUUUGAUAAACCCCAAAUGCUAUAACCUGAUCGGCUCGGGUGCCGUUUGCCAUAUCCCGGCUUUCUUCAAAGAGCUGGACGACCUCGAAAAAAAGGCAGAGAACGUAAGGUCGAGAAUAUUUAUCAGCGAUCGGGCGCAGAUUGUCUUCGACUUGCACCAGAUUGUGGAUGGCCUGGAGGAAGUCGAAUUGGGAGGGAAGGCGGUCGGUACUACGAGGAAAGGCAUCGGACCAUGCUAUUCUACGAAAGCCGCUCGCAGCGGUAUCCGCAUCUCCGAGAUCUUCAACAAAGAGCUAUUCGAUAAGCGGUUACGCGAGUUGGCCAGAGGCUACCAAAAGCGCUAUGGAGACAUUUUAAAAUACGAUGUCGAAGAGGAAAUCUCGAGAUUCGACGGAUACCGGGAAAAGCUGGCGACGCAUGUUAUCGACCAAGUGCCGUUUAUGGACGAUGUGCAAAAGAGGAACAAGUCGAUUCUGAUUGAAGGCGCAAAUGCUCUUAUGCUGGAUCUCGAUUUCGGCACAUACCCAUAUGUCACUUCGUCCAAUACCGGUCUGGGAGGUAUUUUCACUGGUCUGGCCUUGAACCCAGCCAAAACCUCCAACAUUUACGGCGUAGUCAAGGCCUAUACCACCAGAGUAGGUGGUGGCCCUUUCCCGACUGAAGAUCUAGAAGAAGCGGGGACGAAGCUGCAAGAGAUUGGACGUGAAUUCGGUGUAACGACUGGCCGUAGGAGGAGAUGUGGGUGGUUGGACUUGGUGGUUGUUAAGUACUCCACCGCCAUCAACCAUUACACAGCUCUUAAUGUCACCAAGCUCGACAUUUUAGACACUUUCCCAACUAUCAAAGUCGCGACCGCAUACGUCGAUCCAUUGACCGGCGAAGAACUUGCAUCUUUCCCAGCCGAUCUUGAGGUGCUGGGCCGUGUGCAGCCCAAAUAUGUGGAGUUGAAGGGGUGGGAGAAGUCGAUCACGGGCGCCAAGUCGUUUUACGAUCUUCCAAAGGCGGCGAGAGAGUAUGUGGAGUUUAUUGAGGAGUUUAUUGGGGUUAAGGUGAAGUUUAUCGGCACAGGUCCGGGUAGAGAGGCUAUGAUUACCAGGUGA